AUGGCUCUCCAAGCACUUCGCGACGAAUUGGUCUACUACUAUGGUUACUCUCAAGGUCGCGGCUUCUCUAUUAGUGACUUCUUCUCGAGAACCUCCGCCAAAGUCUUGUCACAGGUGACCUCUCUCAUGACUAUACCGCUCCCCUUGCUCUCCUUCCUUGCUGUCCCAUUUUUCGGCUCCUCAUCCACCACCAUCAGCCUUGCCUUCUUCCUCUUGACCUGGGUGACCUUGGUCUCCACUCAUGAUCCCCUGUACUUGGAGCUUAUCGGCACUCUUGCAAUCAAGAUCAUCUUUNUCCUUCUGCCUAGCUUGGCUGUGCUGGGCUUCGACUCUCUCAUACCCAGCCUCUCAGCCAGCAUAAAAUCUCGUGGUGUUACACAAUUACCAACCCAACUCAGCUCUCGCAGGUUGAGAAAUGUCAUCUUCGUAUCUUUCUUCAAUGUCGCCUUCUCGGUUCUGGUCCAAGGAAUCUGCGAUUAUGUACUAACUGAAGUCCUUAACAUUCGCUCUGCUAUUCGCGUCAGCAAGAUUCCACCUGCGCCAUGGCCGACUAUGGUGAAGGAGGUGCUGUACGGUCUCACAUGUCGUGGAUUCCUGCAUUACUUCAUACAUCGCGAUGUCCUGCAUGCUUCCCCAAGAGACUCGAUUCUGGCUCGCUGGCACGCUGACUGGGCGCACAGUCUAAGGCAUACCUUCUCUCUUGCUUCUGCUUACGAUCAUCCUGUCUGCUACUUACUCACUGAUUGGGCACCAUUGUAUCUAUCAACCUUAUUCUUUCGCUUUCACGUCCUGACAUGGUAUAUUUUGACCGCCAUUAUCAGUCUGGAGCAAUUCUUCAUCUUUUCCGGCUACUCUGUACUGCCGUCACAAAUAUUGCUAGCUGGCAUGGCCAAAACAACAGAUUCCCACUAUGCUACUGGUGGCAAAGGCAACUAUGGAAACUGGGGUGUCCUCGACUGGAUCUUUGGCACUGGUUGUCCUGGCGAUGCUGAUGUCGUAGAUGAUGUUCAAGGCGAGGUGGACAAAAGAGCCGUCAAACAACGUGCUUCGAACAUGAUCGGAACUGCUGAGGACAGCCUCAGAAAGAGUAAUGAUAGCGUAAGAACUUUGAAUCGUGAUUGUCCCGGCAUGAUGCUGACGNUCUUCGCAGGCACCAAGAUCUACGUCCCAAGGCCGGAGAAGAAGCAAAAGACAGGCAGCAUGAACUCUAUUGACGCAACAAUCUGUCGUAGAGUGAGAGUAGUCACCAACUCUCGUUAA